AUGGCUGUUUUUGGAGUCGCUCCUGAAAAUAGUCAUGAUGAAAUUUUACAGUAUCAAAUGGGGCGCUAUAUUAGUACGAAUGAAGCUGUAUGGCUUCAUCUUGAAAACGGCCAACGUGUUUACUUCACUGCUGCAAAUGCCGCACAAAGAGCAGUAGAACCACGAGCAACUACACUGACAGCUUUUUUCCAGUUAUGCGAAACGGAUGAAUUUGCCAGGACUUUGCUAUAUUCGGAAGUGCCACACUAUUUCACAUGGAAUGCAUCAACAAAAAAAUUUCAACGUCGCAAACAAGGCACAUCUGUUGAUGGUUAUCCAGGUAUUUUUCGAACAGAUGCUUUGGGACGCAUUUAUACAGUUAGUCCAGUUAAUAUUGAAUGUUUUUACUUGCGACUUUUGUUGGUGAACGUACAUGGACCGCAAUCAUUCCAACAUUUACGAACUAUCAAUGGUCAAAUGUGCGCCACAUACCGUGAAGCAUGUCACCAAUUGCAUUUGCUGGAAGUUGAUACGCAUUGGGAUUCUACGCUUCGUGAUGCAUCAAUUUCAUCUCCACCAAAUCAAAUUCGUAUGUUAUUUGCGAUCAUAAUAUCAACAUGUUUUCCAUCAAAUCCACUGGAAUUGUGGAAUAAAUACAAAGAUUUCAUGGCUGAAGACAUUUUGAUUCGACUUCAACAUCGUUCAAAUGAUCCUGCAUUGCUGCUGACAUUGGAAAUGUAUAAUGAAGCCUUGAUAAUGAUCGAAGAUUUGUGCCUUACUAUUGCAAAUAAAACAUUAGGGCAAUUAGGAUUGACUCAACCAAAUCGUCCAAUGCAUGAUUUAUUUGAACGAGAAUUGCAACGCGAACAGCAAUUCGAUCGUGAUGAAUUGCGUGCGUUCGUACAAACGUAUACUCCACAAUUAAAUGAUCAACAAAAAGAUGCAUAUGACAAAGUGAUGCAAGCUGUCAAUGACAACACUGGUGGAUUGUAUUUUUUGGAUGCACCUGGUGGCACUGGAAAAACAUUUUUGAUAUCAUUGAUAUUGGCAACGGUUCGGUCGGAACGAAAAAUCGCAUUGGCACUUGCUUCUUCCGGUAUUGCAGCUACAUUACUUGAUGGCGGCCACACAGCACAUUCCGUCUUGAAAUUGCCGUUAAACAUGCAAGAAAUUGAAACACCAACAUGCAAUAUUUCAAGGAGUUCUGGAAUGGUUAAAGUCUUGCAACAAACAUCGAUUAUUUUAUGGGACGAAUGUCCAAUGGCCCAUAAAAAAUCUUUGGAAGCCUUAAGUCGAACAUUGCAAGAUUUGAGACAGAGUCAACAGCUGUUUGGCGGUGCAUUAAUAUUGUUAUCUGGUGAUUUUCGUCAAACGUUGCCUGUUAUUCCGAGAUCAACACCAGCUGAUGAAAUUAAUGAUUGUUUGAAAAGUUCAUUUUUGUGGGCACACGUACAAAGGCUUUCGUUGACGACCAACAUGCGUGUGCGUCUUCAAAAUGAUUCAUCAGCACGUGAGUUUUCAAAGCAAUUGCUGAAGAUUGGCGAUGGAAAAAUUGCAAGUGAUCAAAAUGGGUUUAUCAUGUUACCGAAUAAUUUUUGCAUAAUUGUAUCAUCAAAACAAGAACUCAUUGAUCACGUUUUCCCAAAUAUUGUUCAAAAUUAUAAUAACCAUGAUUGGUUACGAGAACGUGCAAUUUUAGCACCAAAAAAUAUCAAUGUCAACGAAAUCAAUUUCCACAUCCAGGAAAAAUUGCCAGGAGAUUCGGUAACAUAUAAAUCCAUUGAUACUGCUAUGAAUAAUGAAGACGCAGUCAAUUAUCCGGUCGAAUUUUUAAAUUCUUUGGAACCACCAGGCAUGCCACCGCAUAAUUUGAAUUUGAAAGUUGGUUCAUCGAUUAUACUUCUCCGAAAUCUUAAUGCACCGAAACUUUGUAAUGGGACGAGACUUUCAGUGAAGAAAUUGAUGCCAAAUUUAAUUCAAGCAACAAUUCUCACUGGCAAAGCAAAAGGUGAAAUUGUACCAAUACCACGCAUCCCAUUAAUACCAACGGACAUGCCAUUCGAAUUUAAACGUCUUCAAUUUCCUGUUCGGCUAUCUUUUGCUAUGACCGUAAACAAAGCCCAAGGGCAAACGCUCCAGAGGAAGAUAAGCCAAAGUGCUCCACAGGCAUGCGUCAAGACCAAAGUUGACGACACACCAAUACUGAAUGUAAGCGAACCCAAAAUUUUGGGAGUAGCCUUCGAUAAUUUCAGCUCUUUCUCUGCGCACACAACCGCAAUUGCUAUUAAAUUCCAAAAUCGCAAAAAGGCCGCCAAAUGGCUAGCCGGCAGUACUUGGGACAAAGACAAAGAAAUGUUGCUGGCGACGUUUAAAGCAAUUGAACGUGAGAAUUAUCAGAAUUAUGCUUGGUUAAGUCAACGAGCAAUUCUCGCCGCAAAGAAUAAUGAUGUACACGCACUGAGUUUCGCCAUUCAAUCAAAAAUCGAUGGCGAUUUGUUGACAUACAAAUCCGUUGAUUCCAUAACAAAUCCCGAUGAUGUAGUAAAUUAUCCAACGGAGUUUUUGGACUCUCUGGAGUUACCAGGAUUUCUACCACAUAACUUGCAACUCAAAGUUGGUUCAGUUAUUAUGAUAUUGCGUAAUUUGCAUCCACCGCGACUUUGUAACGGUACUCGACUUGUGGUAAAAAGACUUAUGCAAGUCUAG